AGUUUACAUUUAAUUAGCUUUCGUGUAAGAUGAUGUCUAAGUGGCAGAUACGACGCGACCAUCCAAUUAAUUAAUUAGUUAGAGAAAUAGGAAGAACAACUACAUUCAAAUUCAUCUUCAUGGAUUAAAAAUUUUUUCUCCUUUUUAUUCGCAUCAUUAAACUGUGGAAAUCUUUUGCGAUUUUCUUAUUAAAGUGAACGUGUCGAACUUGGCUUGACGGUUGAGGGAAAUUCAAUCGAUAUGAGGCGAUGGAAAAAUAAAAGAUAAAUAGAAUUCUUCUCUUGGGACUGCUAGAAAUUUACACGACAAGACAACAUCUCAUCAGCAUGAGACAAUCCAUUUUCUGAAGUUUCCCAAUUAUAAAAUGUUUUCAUUUUUUUAAAAAUUUCCAUCGUUAAUGAUCAUCAAGUUCUUCUCCGUUGUAGUGUUGGAUUCGGGAAAAAUAAACUCUGAGGAUUGUUACGUAAUUUUUCAUUCUCAAAUAAAAGUUUCACAUCUCACAGUGUCGACUAAAUAGAAAAGAAAGAAAAAAUAAGAAAAGAUACGGCGAAAGACAUCAUAAAUGACUGCCAGUCAGCAGUGAUCAGUUUGUCUGGAGAAGCGAGUGAAACCAUUUCGACGGUGAAUCGUCGUGAAGAAUAAUUUUCUUUCUUUUAUAUACUUAAAAAAAUUUUUGUUGUGUGAUAUUUUCUUGAAAGCGAGAAAGCUGAAAGGGAAAAAAAGAAAUUAUUUAAAGACAAUCGAAAGUCACGAAUGUGCAGUGAAAUUUCAAGACGAAAGUUUUUAUCCUGCCGAAAGCCAGAAAAAAACAAAAACAAAACUAGUUGUUGGAAAAGUGCUCGUUAAAUUUCAGUUUCUGGUUUUUUUAGUUUGCUAAAAUUAGAAUUUGAACUUUUCCUCGUGGAUCUCGUUUGGCUGGCUGGCUGGUUAGUGAGAAGAUAGCUUUAAAGCCCGAAAUAAGUUGUAAAAGUUCAGUGAAUAUGGAUACAUCGAAUGGAGAUUCGUCUUCGGUGACUGGAAACUUCAAUUCACCGAAUCGGAAUUCUCAUUCAUCACCUGCAGAUUCACCACAAACUGAUAUUAAUCAUACAGACACGUCAGUGGAAAUGAAUGGAUUAAAAGGAUCAUCAUCAUCACAACAAUUCUGUCUACGUUGGAAUAAUCAUCAGACGUCCUUGCUAAGCACGUUGCCACAAUUGUUGGAUCAAUCACAUCUGUCUGAUUGCACAAUCGUUGCAGAUGGGAGAAAGAUUCGUGCACAUCGAUUAGUCUUAAGUGGAUGCAGCACAUUUUUCUCUGAAUUGUUUCAUACAUUAGAAUCUGGAAUUCAACAACAAUCAUGCCAUCCCGUCAUUGUCUUACCUCCAAAUACAAAUUUUUCUUCGCUUGCGGCUUUGAUUACGUUCAUGUACUCAGGUGAAGUAAAUGUUUAUGAAGACCAAAUUUCAAAACUGCUGGAAUUGGCUGAAACAUUAGGAAUUAAAGGUUUGACUGAAAUCAACAACGAACAUGUGGUGUGUAAUAAUGGAAUUAAAACCAAAAAACAACCGUCAGAAAAUCAAAUACCGCCAUCAGCAACACCACCAGCUGAUGAACAGGAAAAACGAUCAACGUCAGACACCCCCAAACCACAACAACAAUUGUCACCUUCACCUUUCGAUACAUCUCAGUUAACAACUAAACUUUUAACACCACCCGCAUCAUUUGACGCAUUCUUUUCCCGCCCACAUCCUUCGCAAUUCAAUUUCUAUCCACAUCAUCUGCUUACCCAGCCGUUGAACUUUUCCACGAAUCGUCUUCCUUUUCCUUCAAUGCUUGCACAAAUGCCUCAAAUUCCGCCACAAUCACCUCAAUUUAAUAAAAAUUCGAAUGGUACGAGUAACACUCAACAAGAUACUAGCAGAAACUUCAUUGAUGAGCUUUACAAAAAAGACAGAUUGAUGCAGCAAGAUAAGCGAAUGAAACCAACAAAUUUAAAGAAAAUCGAUAAAAUAGCCGAGAAUCUUCGUUUUGGUGCGAAUUCAACUUCACCUCCAAGUUCAGCAUCUCCCAGUUCAACGAAAAGUUUUCUUGAUCAUUUCAGUCAAAUGUCGGUUGUGAAGAAAGAAUCUUCACCGCUUACUUCUUAUCCAAUGUCACCAACAACACUUCAAUCAGCAUCUGCGUUUCUCAAUGAUAAAAAUGCAAUUAAACCGACAGGAAUGGAAAAUUUAUUAAACUUUCAAAAUGAUUCAUCCAAGAAAACCACAGCACCAGGUGGAACAGUUGCAACAACUAACAGUGGACCCACCACAAAAAUACCAAACUCAAAGCUUUUUGCGAAAUGUUUCAUCUGCUCAAAAUUACUUUCAAAUCAAUACAAUUUAAGAGUUCAUCUUGAAACACAUCAGAAUAUGAGAUAUGCUUGCACAGUCUGCUCACAUGUGUCAAGAUCAAAAGACGCAUUACGUAAGCACAUUAGUUAUCGACAUCCUGGAACUCCAUCGCCUUGUGAAAGUGAGAAUCGACGCAAACGCACGAAACUUGCAAGUCAAAUCCAACAAAUACAAGCACAACAAAUUAUGAAAGAUCAAAUUGCUGCUGGAAACAUGUUAUUUCCACCUAACACAACACCAAGUAAUCAAUCGGCUUUACAAAUGAAUAUGGACGCAAAUGCAAGUCAACUUGCACUUUUACAAAGUUUCACAAGUGAAAUGACAAUCCCGACUCAGACUCAACUUUAUCAUCAUCAACAGCAACAAAAUCAACCAUCGCAACAAGUUGCAGCUUUAACUCAUCCCAAUGUAAAAAAUGAAAUCAAUAACAACGGCGACGAACAUAUGGCAAGUGGAAGUCAAUGAACAGUCAACGCAUUGAGGCUAUAAAAUUUAUAAAUUUAGGAAUUUUAAAUAUCAAUUGAGAAAGAAAAAUUCUCAAGAUAUUUUAAAGUUUAUAAAACCAACGUCUAAGACAUUAAAUUGCAACAUAAAAAGAUUGAAAAUCUUACGAAAAAGACAAAUCUUGAAACUUCGAACUUAAGCUUUAGCGUGUAAUUUUUUUUGUUUUUUUCCAACAUUUUUUAUUUUGUUGAUUUUUCUUCAUCUCUUUUUUUCACUUGGAUUGUGCAGACAAUUUUCUGUCUAGUGGGAGGAACUUCUUCAUUGGUUUUAAGCUUUAACUUCACAAAUAUCCUUUUUUUCUUUUUUUCUUCGUUCUUACUUGAAAAAUAUAUAUCUAACUACUUAAAUGAAUAUUCAAUCCUUAGCUGUGAUAGACAUUUAAUAAGUUUAAAACUGAAUGAAAUCAGGGCUUGACGGAAGUGAUGGAAAAUUGUUUCCUUCCCGUCUGAAAUGAAAUCACAUAAAAUGAUUUAAGACAGCAAAAGACAAGCAACAGUAAAUCAGAACCUGAUUUAUCGUUCAGAUGUAGUUUAAAAAAGCAAAGAAUCGUUGCUCCUAAUCAGUAAAAUUCGUCCUAUUAUCUUUUACCUGAAAUAAACAAAGAAAAGUAAUCGCGUCAAAUAUUCUUAAAUUUGACCAGAUUUUCUCUAAAAGACAUAAAAAUACCUAAUUGAAAAUUUUUUGUCGUUCAUACAUAUUUAAGUUGUUUGCUCUAACAUUAAUUAGUUGAAUUCGUUUUUUUUCGAGAGAUUCUUUUUAGUCUUAAAAGUUUGAUAAUGGACAGAAAACAAAUUCUAUUUGAUUUUCCCUUUGUUACGUUUCAAUUUGAAUAUCAUGAUAAAAUGAAUAAAAUAGCUUUUCUUCUUUUUGUAAAAAUAAAA